ACUAAAUCCACCCAACGUAUUUUCUUUCCAUGAUCUCUUCUUUUCUUGCCCCGCAACCUAUCUCUCACUCCCCGACUCGAACGCGCACUACACACAGUCUCAACUUCCAACUGAACCCUAACUCGUCUCGUCGAUGGCAACCACCGAUCCAGACCACAGAGACGCGGAAGAAGCCACCGCGGGCGAAGACGAAGACACCGGGGCGCAGGUCACCCCGCUCGUGAAGUUACAGGAGGUCGCCGUCACCACCGGCGAAGAAGAAGAAGACGCCAUUCUCGAUCUGAAAGCCAAGCUUUAUCGAUUCGAUAAGGAAGGGAAUCAGUGGAAGGAGAGAGGCGUUGGUACGGUGAAGCUUUUGAAGCACAAGGGAAACGGAAAAGUCCGUCUCGUUAUGCGGCAAUCGAAGACCCUCAAGAUCUGCGCUAACCAUCUCGUUGGUCCGACCAUGUCAGUUCAGGAAUAUGCUGGAAACGACAAGGCUUGCGUCUGGCACGCGGCUGAUUUCUCUGAUGGUGAACGGAAGGAUGAAUUCUUUUGCAUUAGGUUUGGCUCGAUUGACAGUAAGGCUAAGUUUGCAAUUACCAAGAACCAAGGGCUGCAUUUUAAGGACGGGGAAGAGCAUACCUUUCACCAAUUUGACUACCUUGCUACAGCUGAGUCCUUGGCCAAGCCUUUGCUCGGUCUUGAACGUACGCCUUAUGAGGCAGAAGGACACACAAGAAUGAAGGUGAACAAGGAGUUGUUGGCGAAGUUGAGGGCUGAUCGAGGAGCCAUAUUAGAGGGUGAGCUUGCCAGGAAGAAGCAGAAGCUCGGGGGAGAGGCUAAGGGGACCGAUGACCUGGGGGUCGUCAUCUUUGAAAUGCCAAGGGCUGAUGAGGGGAUGAACCCCAAGGAAGCAAUCGACACUGCUGCUUUCCUCUCUAAGUCUGCUGGCAAGAAGCCUCUGAACAUUGAAGAGCCCUCCAUCAAGGUUGACCCUAAAGAGUCUGACAAUCGCCUCUCUAAUUCUCAGGCUGACAUGAGGAAGUUGGACGAGCUCCCUGAUAAGGAGCUCUAUGAGAAAUGUUUGGCCUCUCUUGGCGAGGUAUACACAUCUUUACCUUUGUUUAUGCAUAAUCUAGCUACUUGUUUAUGCAUAAUUUAGCUAUUUUACUGGGUUGAAUUGUACUCUGCUUUGUCCCAAGCUACUCUUUAUAUGUAUGCCACAACUGCGCGUUGCCUUACUAAUUUCAACCAUUCCCUUGCUAUGGAGGACAUGGUCCGUAAGGCAACAAUUGAGAAGGAAGAUCUAAUGUCACAGGUGGACCAGCAACGCACUAUGAAAAAUCAACUUAAAGAGGACAUAAACCUCAAAGAUGUUCAACUUCAAAGUUAUGCCGAUGUCGUCUCGGCUCGAGACAAGGAAAUUGUCGCCCUGAAGCAUAAAAUGUUGUGCCUUCGAAAUUUAGAGUCCAAAGCUAAGGAAGCAGGCGCCCUGGAAUACAAGAAGUCUCAGGGCUUCACUGAUUCCAUGACCGUCUACUUCUUUGAAGGGUUUGAGGCUUUUCGUCGUCGGGCUAUGGCUACAUACCCUGGUGUGGACUUCAAGAUAUUUAAAGUCGAUGAUGAUCCUCCAUCCUUGAUGACUGGAGAAGAGGAGGGUGCUGGGGUGGUUGAUGAUGCCAUCCAAGGAAAGCAAAGCCAUGUUGCUAAGGAGAAGUGAGAAGGGACAAGUAGAGCAAAAAAGGCCCGUGAGACAAUUGAAAAGAAUAAGUUUGUAACUUUGAGAUUCUCUUAUUUGUGGGUCUGAAUCUUUCGCCUUUUAACUUUUA